CCAAGGAUUCCUCGGAGCUUCGAUGAUGCCAGUUUCUCAGAACUGGAGGGUUCCCGGUUCAAAUCCCAUUCCACACGCUUGGACGCAUAGGUCAAGGAGCCCAUGGGGGACCGACAAUGAGAACUGACCUUGACAGCAAUGACUGUGUGACCUUGAGAAACUUUCUCGAAAGGCUGACGCUCCUGGAGCAAGUACCGAGGGACCGCAGGCCUGUUAGGUGGGACGUUACACCGAGCCUUCGCCCCAGUAAGGAUCAUCGAGCAGAGCUACAAUGAGACAUGGAUCAAGAGGCAGACGGGAGUGGAAGAGCCACUGCCCAUUGACAAGGCCACACUCACCACCCUCUGGUCCCUGUCCGUCGCCAUAUUCUCCAUCGGAGGGAUGGUCUCCUCUUUCCUGUUGGGAACCCUGGCCGAGUGGCUGGGCAGGAAGAAGGCCAUGCUGGUGAACAACCUUCUCGCGGUGAUUGGAGGUAUUCUCAUGGGCUUGUCGCAGUACUGCCAAUCCUACGAGAUGUUAAUCCUGGGGCGGUUCGUGAUUGGAGCUUAUUGUGGUAUUUCCUCUGGUUUGGUUCCAAUGUACGUGGGAGAGAUCUCACCCACGAGACUACGAGGCACACUGGGAACGUUACACCAACUCGCCAUUGUGUCGGGCAUCCUGGUUGCUCAAAUCUUUGGCCUGGACGACAUCAUGGGGACCGACGAACUUUGGCCUCUGCUCCUCGCUGUGACGGUGUUCCCCGCUGUCCUACAGGCCACACUCCUGCCGCUGUGCCCCGAGAGCCCACGCUACCUCUACAUCAUCCGCAAAGAAGAGGGCAAGGCCAAAAAAUGUUUGAGGAUGUUGACGGGGAGGCAGGAUGUUACGAAGUCACUGAUGGAGAUGAAGGAAGAAAAGAGGAAAAUGGACAUGGAGCCCAAAGUUACCAUCGCUCAGCUCUUCAAGAUGGCGUCGUAUCGCCAACCCAUCUCCAUCGCAAUCAUCCUUCAGCUCUCCCAGCAGCUGUCUGGGAUCAAUGCUGUCUUUUAUUACUCGACCAGCAUCUUCAUUGGUAUGGGCAUCCAGCAGCCAGUCUAUAUCACUAUUGGUGUUGGGGUCAUCAACACUGCCUUCACUGUUGUCUCUUUAUUCCUGGUGGAGAGAAUGGGACGUAGGACCCUCCACCUGCUGGGAUUGGCUGGAAUGAGUGGUUGUGCUUUCACAAUGACCAUUUCCUUGGCAUUGCUGGAGAAGCUGCCGUGGAUGAGCUACAUCAGCACAGUUGCCAUCUUUGGUUUUGUGGCCUUCUUUGAGGUGGGCCCAGGCCCUAUCCCAUGGUUCAUCGUGGCUGAACUCUUUAGCCAGGGCCCAAGGCCUGCAGCGAUGACCAUUGCUGGAUUUGCCAACUGGACCUCGAACUUCAUUGUGGCGAUGACGUUCCAGUACAUUGUGGAGCUGUGCGGCCCGUUUGUUUUCCUUAUCUUCGCCUUUCUGCUGAUCGGUUUCUUUGGCUUCACCUACUUCAAGGUGCCGGAGACGCGGGGAAAGACUUUUGAGCAGAUCGCAGCCACUUUCCGCAGAAGUCCUUCUCUCCUGGACCGGGAAUUCAAGCAGAACGGCACUGAACUGGAAUACCUUGACGAUGGCUCCACUGUGUGAGAGAGAGAGGGAAGGAGUGAGCGUGAAAGUGAGGGAAUAAGAGGCGAGAGGGACAGCCUAAACUAGGCCUCACUGUUCACGUUAGCAGCUGUCGCGGCUCUCCUCCAUUAAAUUAAAAAGUGUUUUGCGUCUUUUUUUUUAAA